GACUGCGUCGCGCUCGGGGGCCGCGCCGGGUAGCGUUUCUUUUUAGUGCCUGAGGCAGCUCUGGCUCGGAGAGCCUUUUGCUAGCCCCACGGGGACCUCUGUGCACGGAUGGACCCGCCCGGACCUGGCGGGAAGCGGCCUGGCAGGCGGCGGCCCCGGCGGCAUCAGCAGAGACAGGACGGGGCCGACGCCGCGGGCCCCUGAGGCGUGCGUGCCCACCGGGCCCGGCGGCGGCACCAUGAUGCCGGGCGAGACCCAUUCGGCGGCGCCCGGGACGGCGGCGGACCUGUCGCGAUGUCAGGGCUGCGCCUCUCUGCAGCAGAAUUUGAAUGAAUAUGUUGAAGCAUUAAUUACCUUGAAACAAAAAAUUAUCAAUACAGAUAAUUUGUUAACAGAAUAUCAGAAGAAAUGUGAUGAUAUCCUUUUACUGGCUUUUUCUGUUGAGUUUUGGAACUAACUUAUGUUUAAUUCCUGAAAGAGAUGUGAGAAUUGUUCCUCAUAGGCCUUCUGGAAGAUAGUACUUAACAGGCUUCAGUAGGGGGCAUGUCUCACAAGCACAGUAAACAGACAGUCCUUUUAUUCUUAAUCCAUGUUUAAUGAUGAGUUUUAAAAAUGAGAUUAUUUUUCUUGUUGAUUGUGAUUUUCUUAACGUCUCAUAAGCUUUUUAGUGGGCGGGUUUCUCUUAAUUUGUACUGAGGAUGUGGCAUGUUUUUUAGAUUUACGAAUAAUGUGAAACUGAAUGUGAUAACUUGCUGAAUGUUAUUUUUGAAUCUGCAAGAAGUACAGUAUGGGAAAUUCAAAAUGUUGGGCAAUGACUUUCAUUAAUUAUUUUUGUGAUUUACAGGGAAAUGUGUGUGUAUAUAUAUAUCUCCAAAAUCAUAUAGAAAUAGCGUUGCUGUAUAUUCACGAAUGCUGUUGGGCAGUCAGAAGACAAUUCUUGGCCUUACAGUCACCAUUUGUUCGAUAGCCAUUUAAUGAGCUCGGUUGUGGAGUUAGUGUCUGGUCAGCUAUUUUUUUAGCAGUGGGAAAAAGAUAUGUGUAAUUGAUCCUUCCAUGUCUUGCAGUGGUAAUACCUUGAUUUAAAUCUCUCCUUUAAAAACAUAAAGUUUCUCUCAUAAAAGUAAACAUACGUAUUCCUUUAGGGAGUCCCUGAAAUUUAGCUUCAUGUUCGAUGUCAGGACAGAUUCAGCCGUUCAGCUUUGGCAAUAACUUGAGGCCUGCUUCAAUAUUAUUUGUGUCAUACCUGAACUUACAUGUCAUCAUCAGUUAUUUAUUUGUGUUGGUACCGUCUGUACUAGUUGAUUCUCACGCUGCUAUAAAGGACUACCCGAGACUGGGUAAUGUAUAAAGGAAAGAGGUUUAAUUGACUCAGAGUUCUGCAUGGCUGGGAGGCCCCAGGAAACUUAUAAUUAUGGCAGAAGGGGAAGCAAACACAUCCUUCACAUGGUGGCAGGAGAGAGAAGUGCAGAGCGAAGCGGGGAAAAGCCCCUUAUAAAACCAUCAGAUCUCGUGGGAACUCACUCAUUAUCAGGAGAACAGCACGGGGGGACUGCCCCCGUAAUCUGAUCACCUCCCACAUGGUUCCACCCCAGCACCUGGGAAUCACAACUUGGUUUACAAUUCAAGAUGAGAUUUUGGGUGGGGACACAGCCAGACCAUAUCAUCGUUUCUAAUUUGUGUGAAAAUCGUAAAAUUAAGAGAUAUCCUUUAGAUUUAUUUUUACUAUCUGAAUUUUUACAUUCAAAAAUAAAGGUCAUUGGAAAUCUUCUUAUGCGCCUUGUUUGUUAAAACCAUCAGUCCAUUUAACUAUACGUGCAUAUUAUGGCAGAAAUGAUAUCUUCAAUUCUUAGUGAAAGGUGUAUGGAAACAUCACAACUUUUAGAAGGCUAAAUAGGGAAAUAGAUGGGCAGUUCCAGUAUUAGGAGAGUAUGUGUUCAUUGUAUCAUUCUUGGAAAAAAUAUGCACACUCUUUGAGUUAACUUAUACAUGUAACCUAGCAGAGAAAUAAUUGUUUUACUUUUCUAAAGGUUGGCCAGAAAAAUUUUAAAACAAAAAUUAUCAGAAUCCUUUAUUAACGGAUAAAACUUUUGAUCAUUCCUGGAUUUCAGAAGUUCAUUCUGUAAUAUGAUAUUUGGCUUCAUUGUCAGCUACAGAUAGAUACAUACCUUUAAAAAAAUGUUUCACAUUUGCUCCAAGUAUGCAUUUGUUGUACCUCAAAUAUGCAGUUGUUUGCUCUGCAACUUGAAGUGCCGAUGUCACAGAUUUAACAUGGCUUUUAAAAAUAUAAUUUGAUUCCUUUUGCUACUAAAGUAGCAGUGCAUUUCCCCAUUUUUUUCAAGAUGGGAAAGUUAUUUCUUCCAUAACUGCACUGUGAUAAUUCAGUAUUUCAGCUCUUUUUUGUGUAAUUCUGACCACUUUAUUAUCACCUCUUUCUAAAUGGCAAGAAAUGUAUUUUAUUUCAUCAGGUAUUUUUUGAACUUUCCUAUUUUGCAAAGAUUACUGUAAUUUAGAAUGAAUAAAAUAUAGUUCUUGUUCUUCAGAAACCUUCAGAAACUUACAUUCUAAUGGAGGAUGCACACGUUUUUAUGAACGUACAUGUGCUAUAUUGUGAUAAAAAUACAGGAAUUCCUAGGAGAUGAAACAUAAAGGAAUUGUUUUUUGCUAUCUUAGAAUAUUUUACUAGCAGUAUGAGAUGGUAAAAUAAGGUUAUCAAAUUUAUAUAAAUUGUAAAAAAUGAGAGUUUUGUAGAUUUUAUGAUCUGUUUUCUACAAAGCAUGGUUAUAUAUGGUUUUUGUAAGUACAUAACUUUUGUUUGCUGGAAUUAUUCUCUGCACUAUUUGAAAAAUGAAGGACAGGUUGUUUGGGGAUUCCGCUAUAUAGAAAAAUCAAGGUAUUUUGUAUUAGUUGCAUAUUGCUUUGUCUUUCUUUUAAUUCUGAUCAUACAUUUAUUCACAGAACUCUAUUUAGAUUUUGACUUUUGGUACGUGUUAUUAUGGUAAAUGGAAAUAACUCAGUAAAAAGACUUACCACUGUGUUUUAGAUUGCAUUUUGAAUAUAGUUUUCUAGUAUUUAUGAUCUUGCCUGUAUAUAUGUUGAACACAAAUUAUUAAAGAUAAUUGUAAAGUGAGUUUUAUCUCCAGAGAAGUAUCAGAAGAUAAAAUUCUCAGAGUUUUCUUUAAUAAGUUUUACAGCUGCAGUUUGCAAGAAGAGAGAAUAGUAAUCUGCAUCACCAAGUGGAAGAGAUGCUUCAAAAAAUUUCUCCUCUACAGAAAUGUCAGGAAGAACUGGGAUCUUUAAAAGCAGAGCUAGAAGAGAAAAAGAGUUCUUUAAAGUUGUAUCAGGAUACUCAUCAGGAAUAUGCUCGUGUAAAGGAAGAAUGCUUGAAGAGUGAUGCUCAGAAGAAGAAACUAGAAGCUAAGGUGAAGAAGCUGCAAGAGGCUGCUGUCAAGCAAACUCAGGACUUCAAGCAACUGAGAAAUGAAAAGAAAAUACUUGAAAAGGAAUUUAAGAAGACACAGGAAAGGCUUGACGAAUUUUCUAAACAGAAAGAUGAAAAGGAGUUGAGACAUAUUGGAACACAAAUUUCAAGUGAUUCAUAUGGAAGCAUAGAUAAAAGAAAAGUGAAACUGCUUCUGAAGGAACUCUGGCUCUGUGUAAACACAACACACAGACUACCUGGUGAAGGCAGCAGGUGUGUCCCAGAAAAACCUGCCAAAGCAAUCACCAGCUCCAGAGUGCCUGGGGAAGAUGGUACGCUACCUCCAACACAGGGCAGCCCUCUCAGGACCUCAAAUGUGCAGACAUGCCUCACAAAACUGUCCAUGGAGAUAAAGGAGGACUUUUUAUGUCAAAAUGUGGAAAAACAGAGCUCCAGUGGAACAAAUUGUAGUUCUGACCAUGUUUUUAAUGAGAAUGGAAAUCUUGAGGUUUUAGUACAAAGUCAUCAUGACGGUGGUAGCACUGAAUUUGUUGAUCAUGAUCAUUUUUUUGAUGAAGAUCUUCAAGCUGCAAUUGACUUCUUCAGACUUCCCCCUCCUCUUCUGUCACCAGUGCCCUCGCCCCCUCCGAUGUCAUCACCUCACCCGGGUUCCUUACCUUCUUCAUUUGCACCUGAAACCUACUUUGGAGAAUAUACAGAUUCCAGCGAUAAUGACUCAAUCCAGCUUAGAAAUUCUGCUGAGUCUGUUUCAGAAGAUGAUACAAUUGAAUCACAGAAUUAUUUUGGCUCAUUGAAAAAAAAUAAAGGAAGUGGCACAUGGGAGGAAAAGCCCAAAUCACACGAAGCUAUCCAAGCUCUGAAUACAUGGGAAGUAAAUAAAGUGACAACUGCUGGACUCGAGACUUUCACAGCAACACUGAGAGAAUCUUCUGCCACACACUCCUUAGUUGGUGAAAAACACUGGACCACAGCAUCUCGAUCCAUGAGUGAUAGAAAAAGAGACAUUUUACAUGAGACAAAAACACAAAUGGAGGUUAGGGAGAUGGAUAAAUCAGUACAAACUGAGAAGACCAUUCAUAAACUCACUCGAGGUCUAUGCAUUGAGAGAUUGUCUGCCAGCCCUGCACAAGAGAAGGAAGCUGCCCCUGGGAAGUCUGAGCUGUGUUCUUCUCCCCUUGGCAAAAGGCCAUUAAAUGAACUCAUGGAAUCUGAAGGAAAAACCGUAUUGUCUAAAAUGAUAGGAUCGCCCAAAUCAGAGUUUACUAAGUGGACACGAAUUAAUGAAAUCACUUCUGAACCAGACCGUAUCACAGUUUCUGGCCAUUUUCACAGACUAUCUAGAGAAUUGGAAAAGGAAAAAGAAGAUACUCAAGGGUUCACUUUAGGAGAAUCACCUGAAUCAGAAGAUGAUGACUCAGGUGAUGGAAUGGAUGUAGCAGGGCUUGACGUUGAAACCAGUUUUUCUUCCUCUUCUACCUUGGUAGCAUUGUCUGUUGGCAGUAAUCCCCAGUCUUCUUCUGGGUUAGACUGUGGUAAUGAUACAGAUAUUACUACUAAAGUAUUCUCUACUGAACCGCAUCAUUCAGAACAUAAAUUGCAAACUAAAACUUUAAACACAUUACAUCUGCAGUCUGAGCCACCGGAGUGUUCUAUAGGAGGAAACAACUUGGAGAGUGACUUGUGUGCCUUGAGCCCUGAAUUGGGAGCAUCUAAUUUUAAUGAUCAGAAGAGCAGUGGGAUAGAAUAUACAAAAGUAGUAAAAGGCUUGACCAAAAUACAUUCACUUCCUCGGUCAGUAUUUAUGAAAGCUACAAAAGAUGGGCAAUGUGAAAGUCAAGAUCCAAGAAUUGAGCUCACACUAAAUAAGCCAGAUUUCACAUCAUUAAUAGGUUCUCAGGCUGCCUUGAUCAAGAGUGGUUUGGGUUUUGUUAAAAGUACUUCAUGGCACCAUAGUGAUUUAUUAAGGAAAGGUGGCGAAGAAAGUCUGAGAGCCAAAUCAGAACAUGAACAGAAGACUAGCCAUCAGUUACAAAAGGCAAUGCCAUGCCUACAAAAUAGAGGACCAACACCCAAGCCUGAUCUUCUUAGAGAAAAUAACAAUCCUGUAGAAUUCAAGACCACUGCAUCGGUGUUGCCUAAUCAAGUAUCAGUUAUCACAAAACAGACAAGACCUGAAAAGGUUCAGAGUGCCAAAUUGGAGCACUUGAGGCCACAUAGGGAUGAGCCUACCUUAGUAACAGAAAAUAGUGGCAACAAAACCGGUAUGUCAACUAUAGCAAAAUGUGAUGGGGAAAGAGAUGAUACAACACAAAACAUCACGGAGGUAGCUGCUGUGAAAAGCAUUUCACCAGAAGUUUCUGCCUCUAGGAGAAAAUUAGAUUUUAAUUCUCCAGGUGGUUCUUCACCAGUAGAAAAUUCCGAUUGUUCCACAAAUAGCAGAUUAUCUUUCUCUUCUGAAAAUAUCCUCAUCCAAAACCAAGACAUUGUGAGAGAAGCUGCAGUGCAGGGAGAUGGGCAGAAGCAAAGGCAGCCUCAGGCCACAGAUCUGGACUCUAGUGGGACACAUGGCAGUGAGGUGCUUCCAGCCACAGAAGUGACCAUGUCAGGAGGGUUUUCUGUUGAAGAAACCAACUGUGGAGACACAGGGAGAUCUGGUGGUGAGGCCCUGGCUGUUGCAAAUGAUUCUACUAGCACACCACAAAAUGCUAACGGACUUUGGAAAUUGAAAUCUACAACUCCCGGUGGUGCUUUGCCUGAGUAUUUUGGCACCACAGACACCACUUUUUCUUCAGCAUUUUGCAGAAAACAUGGAGAGACACAGGAUACCUCCCAAAGUAGCCUGCCUGGUACCUUACAUUGUUACACAGGCAUUCGAGAAGGGGGAGACGACACUGAGGUAGAGAGUGAGGCAUUUAGCUGCAGUGAGGGGAGCGAACAGCAAGAUGCUCCUGAUGACUCACAGAAAAAUUUAGGAGAUACAGAUGCUGCUGUAGCCGAGGUGAGACCUUCCUUAGAGGUAGGUUAUUUGACGUCAGCUCUGCAAGAUUUUAACAUAAGUACUUUUUCUGAGCUGGAUAGACUUUCCACAUCAGAGGUUGUGAUGUUUCUUGAGAGCUGUCAGUUAGGGGAUUAUAGUUCAGGGGACUCUGUUUCUGAAUGUUCUAGUAAAGGAACCCUAAGUAAAGAAAUGAACAAAGAAUUAAAGGCAAGUGAAAUAGGAGAAAAAUACAGAAAGCAACCCUGUGAGGAAGAAACACUUGGAACCUGUGAAGAGUGGAUUGAAUCAGAGGAAGAUGAUUGUUCGUUAAAAAAUACAAGUCAGCUCACUCAGUGUUCUUUGGAAACUCUGUCUGACGUUCUGACCAAGAUUAGGCAAGAACUUCAAACAAAUUCUGAAGAUUGCAAUGGUAAAGAUGCUGGCAGUUUAUUGCUCUUAAAUAUAAAUAACAACAUGACCACUGAGAAUUUAAAAGAGAAAAGUCCAUUUCGGGAAACGACUGAUUCCUCAUCACAUGCUUCAGAACCAACCCCACAAGCAGCUGCCUUGGACACUGAGGGCAGCUCUCCCAUCAGCGGUAUGCCUCAGAAUGAAAACACUCAGAGCAGACCAGAGGCCAGUUCAGAUGCAGGCAGGCAAACCGACGGUGGGGAAGAAGACCUGCCAGAACCUGUGGAGCCAUCAGCCUUGUGCUCUGACUCUGUGAUGGAGCCAUCGAUAGAGCAGAGUUCUAACUGCGAGGCCGAAACAACAUUUCAGUGUCAGAUAGCAACAGUGACCUCAGAAGUUAUAAACGUACUUAUAAAUAAGGAUCAGAAUCUAGUCAUUGAAAAGGGGGACAACUGGACAAUCAUCAGUGGUGUAGCUGUCUUGCCACAUGUGGACCAGGUCACACUGUGUGACAUUCCUGGAGACAUCCCUAUUUCUCAGGAUCAAGGAGAGCUGGAAGCUGGUUGCAUCCCAGUGACUUCUGCUGAGAAGUCCCCAGAGGCCAGUCACACUGGCCCUGCAUUUCAGGAGGCUCCAUGUGGCAAUAAUCUUUCAUGUCCCCAAGAGGAUGUUUCCAGCAGUGGUCAGAGCACCAACUUUGAUAAGAGUCGUUUGCGAAAUAGACCCGUUAAGCCUAGUAUAUGGAUUAGUUCUCAAAUCUAUGAUCAAAACUUCGAGACUCAGAUUGUUGCGUCUGAUCACACAUAUUAUAACUCAAAACUAGAGCCAUCUGGCAAAAAUAAGAAUCGAUCAAAGAUUUCAAACAAAGAUCAGUCAAACAAACCAGUAAAAACUUCAGCGUCGAGCAGAGUUGAAACUCAUCAGAGUGAAGUUGCUCAGUCAUUUUCAGGGGAAAAAGCUAAUACAAAAACUCAAAGAAGCCAAACUCAGACCAUUUUAGCAAAUGCUGAUACAUCCACUCCUACAGAUUGUUCUCCUGACACACUGAGUAAAAUACGGCAAGAGGUGGGGCCUCCUUUGCCGCCUCUGCUUGCUCCUCUGAUAGCUACACCUCCAAGGACUUCACAGCCACUCUCUCCACUGAUAUCGAGUUCUAGUCCUUCCUCACCAACCUCUCCUGUCGGCCAGAUUUCUCCCUUCUGUGAAACCCCAGUGCCUCCUGUCAUGUCUCCAUGGCCAGAGGACCCCAGACGUGCCUCUCCUCCAGAUCCUUCUCCAUCUCCAUCUGCAGUUUCAGCCAGUGAGAGGGUAGUGCCGUCUCCUCUGCAGUUCUGUGCGGCCACACCGAAGCACGCACUUCCUGUGCCUGGCCGACUCCCACCCUGUGCAUCUGGCCAUGCUGCUGUGGGAGGGCCUCAGGAGAAUUCUGUGAAAAUCCUUGACACCAUGUACCCAGAGUUAUCUGCCAGGGCCCGGACCCUCAACAUCCUCAAAGGGAAUAUUCAACUCACACGAGGUCCACCUGCUGACUGUAAGAAUUUACCGGGACCUGCCAGUGCUAUAAUAGGAUUCAAAACGAUCACUUCAGCAGCAACUGCUUUUGUCAAAACUGGGAGCAGCUCUGGUGGUGACUGUAACCAAGACAAGUCAAGAGAUUUGGGGGCUCAGCAGGAUUCAGGCGGGAAAAGAACACUGUCAACGUCUACACUGAGAAGUGCUAAAAGAUUGCGCCUGGACACUGGGUCCCCAGAACCAGAAACCAGGGGAGUCACUGCAGAAGGAAUCCACAAGAACCUCCCAGGGAACCUCCCUCCAGCUGAAGUUGCAACAACAAAUGAGGAAAGAAGUUGUUCUAGUCCAGCCGUCAGUGCAGUUUCACAGUUGCCUUUAAGCCCCAAAGAAACUGUGGAGUCCCAUGAUAAAGCCAUAGCUAAUGCCCUGAAGAAAAUUGCAGAGUUUUCUUUUGAUCUGUUACCUGUCAUUCGUAGUCAUGUGUAUGUGGGAAAUAUCUCCAAAAAGCCCGUAAUGAGAGAUCAAGAGAAAGAAGUUGUUUAUGAAUUUAGCACAACAAAAAAGAUUACACAAGGCAAAACCCAAGAAAUUAUGAUUAUUUGACUAGUGGUAGUGACAGUAUGCAGCUAGGUCUUUUGAGACUUGCAUUCUGGCAUCUGCAGCAUUUACCAACCAUAGGAAACAGACAGGCGUGGGGAUUUCUUCAGUACCCCCGACCUCG